AUGACAGACUCAGAGAACAAAGGUGUUGAGAAUCUCCUAAUUAGUAAUGUAACGACCGAAGUUCCAGACAAUGGAUCUGAUGAUGACGUCAUUGAGGUAGUACGAGACGAUGCUCCAAUUGAAAUACUUUCAGAUGGAGAAGAAUUAGAAUUGGAAAAAACUAAGCAAGCACAAAAUAGUACAAUACAAAAUAUCGACUUUCUACCACAACCUGUAAAUCCAAAUGUUAGCGAAUCAAAUACAGACGAAUCUAAUACUGAAAUAGACGUUAAUAAAUGCGACGAAACUGAAUGCGACCAAGAACUUCGUCCAAUAACACAUGUAGAAAUAACAAGUAAUUCUAUUCCAAAUUGUGAUCCUGUAAUACAAUUAGAAAUGCCGUUAUUUGAAACUACUAUAGAUAUUAUUACUGGGGAAAAACUAAAUGAUAAUAGUUUUGAUGACAAUGAUGAAGAAAAUGUCUACGUCAACGUGACAGACGAUGUUAAUGUUGAUGAACAAACUGAUGUAAAUCAGGAAGAAGUAAAUGUCGACACAAUUAACGAUACUCCUGGUCCUCUUGAAAAUAAUGUAAAGGAUCUUAAUGCAGUUAAUAAUGAUAACACUGAUGUUCCUAACGACAAACCGAAUGAAAACUUAAACGAUAAUGUUAAUACGCAAUGAGGUAUGGGCUAUUUUUUAACAAAAAGCCGAAGAGGUGCAGUAAUACUCUUCCAUGAAGGGUACAAGUAUCGUCAGGAUUACAUACAUGGUGAUAGAAUUUCCUGGAGAUGUAUACGACGGCAUCAUGGCUGCAAAGGCUCAGCUGCGACUAAAGGCAAGAGACUUUUGAAGGCAAGUGAACACACGCAUGAUGAGGAGGAAGAAGACAAUGAAGAUAAAAUUGAAGUUAUUUGUAUUGAUGCAGCCUUUAAAUAG